AUGUCUGAGUCAGUGGGGUUGACUCAAGAGAUCGAGAUGGCGAUGGACGCCGACUAUCCGGAUGGAGCACAUCUCCAAGCCUCAUCGCCCGAAGUGCAACCGCCCGAAAUCGAUGCGCCUCCUGCGAAGCGUCUACGUGGUCGUGAUCUGUUCCGUGCGUUUUCCGAUGUGCAGCGCUCUGCCCAUCUCGCUCCUCCUCCUCCUGAUGUUCGACCUGAACAAGCCAAAUCACUCUUGGAUGUAUGGAAGAACUAUCGCACAUGGGGUAGCAACAAUUAUCCAAAUCUUCCUGUCCAUGUUCGCACAAUGAUGGAGCUCAUGAACUGCAUCGCAUCCAUGAAUGUUUCCAACUACCAAAUGUCGACGAAGCAGAAGCUUCUUCUCAUUAUGCUUGUUGAUGGUGAACACUGGCGUGCACAUGAUCGUCAAAUGUUCUACUAUGAGAAUGGUGUGUGGAAGAUGAAGCCGUCUCUCACCAUCGAAGUCUGGGAUCUAUUUCUUGCUGUUGAAGGUUUGUUGUUGACCGUCUCGAAGCACUUCGAAGAUCAAGAAGGAGAUGCAAGACCAGCAUGGAAUUGGAAUGCUAUUCGGGAUGUUGUCUCUGAUACGAUCCAAGGACAUGUCCAUGACGCUCUCCAUUUCUUCGGGAAUGUGGCCAAAGAAGCAAGUGACCAUCUGCGGCAAGUCACAUCCAACAAGGCAUGGAAAGCACUUUGGCUUCGUCGAUGUGCAGACAUGCUAGCUUCAUUCCGAGUGAAUUGGGAUUCGAACAAGGUCCAGUCACUCUCAAAGCUUUUUCUUCUUGAAUGGGAUACUCCAUUGCCAAAGUCACAGGGUGUUUGCUUCAGAGACGUGUACUUGGAUGCAGAUUGGAAACCUGCAAGCAAAAGCCCGUCCAAUGACUGCUACAUGCAUGUGGACUAUGCCUUCUACAUAGAAAACCUCUUGCAGGAGUAUCCGAACAUCAAUCUCCAACAGCAUCAAGAAGGAUUACGUUUGUUCUUGGAGUCGCUCUACUUUCAGAACGAACAUAUCUUUCAAGUGAAACUUUGUUUUUUACAUGCCGCAUUCAAAAAGGCUUGCACUUCAAAGAUGAUCUUCGAGAUUGGCAAAGGCGGCGAUGGCAAGGGGAUGGAAGCUUAUCUUGAUCGUGCUGUAUUAGGUGAAGAUCAAUCUGCAACUUUGGAUUGUGGCGUGUUCUUGGAUCGACAGGAGUUCCGCAAGUCUGCCGAGUUCGCAUGGAACAAGGCGAAUGUGCGUAUCCAGGAACUCAACUUUGAGAACAUCCCGACCAUCGAGGAGUGUCGAGAUCGACUCCAGGCUUGUGAGCAUCUCAAGCGUCGCAUCGUUUGCUUUCGUAUGGGGAAGGCUCGCUUCGUGCUUGACGACCAUGCAGUGAACUAUGAACACGGGGUUUUCCGUCUCAUUCCGCAAGAUGAGCUGGUCCCUUUCUUGACACAUCCUGCAACGGCUUCAUGUUUCUUUCGAGAUUGGUGCUUGCCCUUCUUUCAGGAAAACUCUUUGGAUGAAUGUUUGAAAAUGAUCCUGGAUCUUAGCCAUGUACAUGAGGACUUGGUCAACGACACCAAUUGGUUGGCUUCUCGCUUGUCCGGCUGGAAUGGCCCUCCUCCAGGCACAGACAUUGACCUCCAGACAGAGAACGACGAAUUGAUCACGAUCGUGCAUCGGAAAACGCCCAUGAAGACAUUCAUCAAGGAGUAUCUCAUUUCAAAGGUUGAAGAUAUUCCAGGAGCUGUGCAGUCUACCCGUGGUCGACGAACCAAGUUGCAGUUCUUUCUUUCUGCCUUGGAUCACUCCACCAUCAAACUCUUUCGUCAACAUGAUCAGCAUGCUUUCGAGAAACUCUUGGUGGAUUGGGCUUCUUUGGCUGCAGCUAUGGAUGCUCAUGGUGGUGCGCUUGCUUUCGGUCAGUGGAAAGAUUGGGGCUGCACCUUUGAUCUGCGGCAUCUGCAGCAAGAAUGGGAGUCAAAUCUCUUUGUGGACUUGCAAAAUGAAUGUCAAGGAAAUGUCACUCAUCACGGAAGUCUCUCAUCUCAAAUCCGGCCGACUGUAGCAACAUUGCAGGAAACAGUGGACUUGGAGGCUUUGCAAGCCUACUUGGAAAGUGGCUCAGACAGAAGGACUUCGCAGCUUCGGGCCUAUGUUGAUCGUCAUGCUUCUGAAGGAGUUCGCGUGGGGCGCUUUUCUACUAUCUCUGUCGAGUACUACAAGGCCCCCAAUUAUGGUCGUUUACUUGCUCGUGGCCCUGCUGCACAAAAACUCACUCGAGAAGCUCGUGGAAAAGCCUUCCCCCAUGCCAUUGAGAUUGAUGCAGCUUGUUGCCAUCCUCGUCUUCUCUUGCGAAAACUUCGAGAUAUGGGAUUGGACGAGGCAGGUAGUUUCCAGAUGCUUCGUCUCUUCUGUGAGAACUACAAGUCAUGGCGGUCAGUUUUGGCUCAGUAUCUUUGCGUUGAUGUCCAGGAGGCAAAAAAGGAACUUAUCCGCAUCUUCUACGGUGGCAACCCGCGUUUCGAUAUUCCAUGGCUCCGCAAGCUUGGGGAAGAAGUUCAGGCAGCUGCUCAUCUGAUUCUACAAGAUCACAGACAUACUCAUCUUUCUGAUUUGUACAAUGAUCGCAGACAUCCUGAAUUCAGUCGGCUUUGUUCUUUGCUAUCAUUCGAUGAAGCUGACCUAUUGGACACCAUUCGGACCCAUGCGCAUGUGAAAAUGGAGGUUGCUCUCUUUGACGGAGGCAUUGUGUCGUGCACAUCUGUGCAAGAUCUCUUUUGGUUGCAUCGUGCUUGCGCAGAAACUUCCCACAACAUCAUCCCCGUCGAGAUCAAAAGUGAGCCGCAAAGUAUGAAGACUUUCUUGCAUAUGUUGGUGUGCAAGAACAUCGUGAACAUGAUGGAAGUCGAAAUUCCUUCCACUCCGGCAAACUGUUUGCUCUUUGCUGUUCAAGGUGUUGCACCUCAUGUUGAUCUCAGUAGUUUGCGCCAAGUUUUGCAAGACAAGCCAGAGUCCUCGCUUUCCGCUCAUCAAUUCAAUGAAGCUUUGGCAGAUGCAGACUCUGCAGCCGACACUGCUUGGCAAUUGCAUUGCAUCUCCAAGGAUGAGUUGCUCUCCGUUGUCCCAGCGCACCCGAUCCUUUGUCAUGAACGUUCUGGAGAAUGUCAAGGACACUGGUGGUCCUUUGUGAUGAUUGAGGAUGAGGCAAGGCUAUUUGAUUCUGAGAUUCCUUCUUUCGAAGUGACUGCUCGAUGGGAAACCUUUGCAUCUGCUUUGGAAAAAUCUGAUGCAUUGACUUUCUUCGAACUGAAACAGAUGCACUUGAAGACGGAAAUGUCGAUGUCAGAGGCAUAUCACUUGCAAGGUCGUGGCCGUGCGGAUGGAUCCUCCACAGUGAAGUCCGUGCGAACACCCCUCAAGAAUUGUCCUAUGCGAUGUGGACAGAAGUCAUGCCAAGCCUCCCACUACUACAACUUCGUGUGGAGCAACGGCAUCAAGACCAAUUCGCUCGAUCCCAACCAGGCCGAGUAUAUCUUUGUGACCGCCAACACCGGGUUCCACGUCUCCUUCCUUGCUUAUCACGAUGCCCUGCAAUUCAGAGGCUACUUGAGCAAUCACGCCAUCGCCUGGUCCCAAACGAACGCAUUAUGGGCAGAUGACCAUGCACAUGCUCGAUUUCACAAGGACUAUGCAUUGGCUCGUCUUCUCUGGAAUGUCAUGAGCGAACUGUCGGUCAUGUGGAAAUCCACUAUGCCAAGCACUUCCAUUCAGAAACUUCGCACAAUUCGCGUAGAUGAUCCUGUGCAUGAAGGGCAUCUUCGGGACUUCCACCGAUGGUGGCAAACCAUCGAAACUCCCCAUCGCAUGUCGCAGUCUGUCAAAGAGAUCGCUGUCGAUGGCCACGAGAAGAUCGCCACAAAGUGCUAUCAUGAAGCACCAGCUCGCGGUGGUCGUCCUCGGAAGGAUGGCCAUGUCAAAUUGUUCUACAACGGCUGGUUCAUGGCGACACACCCUGGGACCGGAGUCAUCCUAGGCCUUUUUGAGAUGAAAGAUCCAGAGAAUUCGGAUGUUGCGCUCAAUCUUGUGCAAAAUUUGCUACCGCAUUAUCCCAAAGUGGAUGCAGUACUCUACGAUCGAGCCUGUAGCAUCUUCAAGAAGGCUAAGAACACACAGGAUUUGAAGCCUGUCAAGUUCUGGUGUGUAGACAAAUUCCACGCAAAGGGACAUUGCAACAAAUGUAAAUGUUCCCCGUCUGUGGUGCCAGCAAUCGAUAAGCGACUGAAAAGAGUCAACACAUCGAUUUCUGAACAGGUGUUUUCGUGGUUCCGUGGGUACAGCUCCACAUUCAACUCCAUGAACGCGAAACACCAAAGAUUCUAUGUGUUGGCUUACUCGCGUCGACACAAUCAUUUGCAAAAAUUAGAUGACAUGCAGCACCUCAAUCCUUGGUCUGCCCGUAAGUCCACUUUGAAGCGAGCCGGCGUGCUGCAGAAGCCAGCCAGCCGCAAAUAUAAGUGUAGGGUCAAGAAGCAAGCCGUCUUGAAGAGACCCGCACAGAAAUGA